UGACCCGGAUGCGGCGCUGGUUUGCAGCAGCUGUGUAAACACGGUGCUGCGGUCUGCCUGCCUCCGUGCCGCCACGGAUACACAAUAAAACAACAUUUUCUGCACUCAUCACAGCGAGGCCUUCAAAGAUGGAUGGAGGAAAUUUCGGCUACUCCCGGGACAAUCUGGACCGCUUUAUCCACAGCCAAGACUCAUCAGUGGUAAAUAAGUUCCAGCAGAGGUACUGGAAAACCAAACAGACACUCAUCAAAGUCACUGGGAAGAAAGAGGAUGAACAUGUGGUGGCAUCAGACGCAGACCUGGAUGCCAAACUGGAGGUCUUUCAUUCCAUCCAGAGGACAUGUAUGGAGCUGCUGAAGGUGAUCGAGCAGUACCAAAGAAGGAUCUGCUUUCUUUCCCAAGAGGAGAAUGAGUUGGGUCAGUUCCUGCGCUGUCAGGGCUCGCAGGAUAAAACCAGAGCUGGGAAGAUCAUGCAGGCCACGGGGAAAGCACUGUGCUUCUCCUCGCAACAGAGGUUAGCUCUGCGGAAUCCACUGUUCCGCCUGUACCAAGAGGUUGAAACAUUUCGCUAUCGAGCUAUCUCGGACACGUGGCUAACAGUAAAUCGGAUGGAACAGUCCAGGACAGAGUACCGUGGAGCCCUGCUUUGGAUGAAGGAUGUUUCCCACGAACUAGAUCCUGACACACAUAAACAGAUGGAGAAAUUCCGCAAGGUUCAAGCUCAGGUGCGCACUACCAAAGGAAGGUUCGACAAACUGAAAAAUGAUGUCUGCCAAAAGGUCGACCUGCUGGGAGCCAGUCGAUGCAACCUCUUCUCUCACGUGUUAACCACAUACCAGACAACACUUUUGCACUUCUGGGAGAAGACAUCCCACACUAUGGCAGCCAUUCAUGAGAGCUUCAAGGGCUGUCAGCAUUAUGAGUUCUCCACACUGAAGAGCCUGCAGGAUCCCAUGGACAAGCUGGUUAAGAAGAAAGGCAAGAAGAAAAUAAAAACAGAGAUGGAAAUACAGCAAGCUGAGACCACAGCUGACCAACUCAUCUCACUGACAAAUGAAAACUGUGACAGUCAGCCUGCAGAAGCAAACAGUGAUGCUCUCUCAGCUGCUCCAGAGUUGCAAGAAGAGAAGGACAGCAUGGCCUUACUGAGUGAGAUCCUGGGCAGUGUGUCGAUGGACGAGGAUGAAUUUUCUCUGGAGUGGACAGAAGUGUUCGGGCAGAGAGAAGAGGGAACAAGUGCGGUGUCCGAUGGAGGAGGUCCAGAGGAUGGCCCACAAACAGAAAGGGCCUUCUUUCUACCAUCUCAGCUGCUGGACCAAAAUUUAAAUAAUCUACAGUCUUCCCUCUCAGAGUGGACCAGGAACAUUCCACACCCAGUCUCCCACGCAACAGAACACUCAUCAGGAACCAAUCGGAAUUCAUCUAGACCAGCCAUUAAAGACAUGGCAAGGACUUCCAAAGACCUCUCUGCAUGGUUCAACUUAUUUGCUGAUUUGGAUCCCCUGUCCAAUCCCGAUGCAGUGGGCAAAACUGACAAAGAGCACGAACUUCACAAUGCAUAGUUCUUCCUGUGUGUCAACUGAACUCUUAAAAUGGGGACUGGCAUCAUUACAUGACAAAGUUUAAAUGGAAAAAAGAAAAUCUGGGUCUUGUGAGAAAUAUCUGAAAGUUUGUUAUACCACAGUGAGAGACUAAUUGGAACAAGAUAAACUGGUAUUUAUCAUAGAAGCAUUUUGGGGCCGGGGGGUGACUUGAACAAAUAAGAACCUGACCAGGUUUUUUCUCUUAAGGUGGCAGCAUUACGCCAAUAUAACUAAGUCAUCAGCACCUCUUUCCACAGUCAAAGAAAGUAAACACUGACAGGACAAUGCUGCUCAGCUUGCCAACAAGUUCAUGGAGUUCAGUUUUCAGGUUUAGCAUGGAUACCUCAGUAUGGUUUGCCUUUGUUUGUUGUUGCACACAAGCUUUAUUUCUGAUUCUUAGUGAAGGCUGAAACAGGUCAAACUACUCUAAGAAGUGAGAGUGGAAGGAAAGGACAGCAGUAUAAUGGCUCACAUAUUUUUCUUAAAUAGUGUAAAAAGUAAGUUGCAGUCAAAUCCUCAACAAUGGAUGGGUCUCCUGACAUCUGGAAGAGUGCACUAACUGCAACCUGAGGUUGUCUUUCUUCAGCCACGGCUACAACCAGUGUGUUUUUAUUUGUUUGCUAGUGCUCACAUUUGUAUACAGUACAAUUCCAAGCUAAGACUUUUAAACUUAGAAAUAUACAUUUAUUGCAUGUUGCAUGAUUUGUUAUCCAUUGAUUUUUUUUAAAUCUAUAUUAUUGAGAUUCUUCAUUAAUGGUUUGAAUCGAUUUAUUAUUUAGAUGUUUCACUUUCAUAGGCAACAAUAUUGUAUGCAUCUGUCUAUUAAGAUUCUCGGUAAUCCAGGUAGGCCAUAUCUAGAAGUUUUCUAAACUGCAAUUGUACUUGUCUUUAAGACGUUUUGCCACACAUCCCAGUGAUUUUUUUUCUUAUAUGCUUUCCUAUCAUAUAACUGAUUUGUUUGAGUCAAAGUCAUGCUUCAGACGUGUCAGUGAUGCCAAAAUUCAGGAAGUGUAGGACUUGAGUGAAAUGGAUAGCAUCAUCGAAUUCCCAACAUAAAGAAAUCUUGAACUUCCUGGACUGCAGUGCCCACAAAUUAUUGUGAGAACAUCAACAUAGCGAUCUAAAGGAAAUUUGCACACAGCCAAACAAACAUCUCAUUUGAUUCCUCUCAUACACUACACCAUAAGCUUGGAAUGACUGGGACAGAAUGCCACCUGGGUGAAAAUGGUCAUAUGAAUUUGGAAUUAUAGAGUCGUUUCUGGAUAUCCACAUUGGGUAUUUCUAAAAUUUUCAGAUAGCUGCAGCAAAGGAACAGAUGACAAGUUCAUGACCAGAUUAAGAAUCUUGCUAGUCCCAUAUUUGGCUAGAAUAUCCAAGAACGUGAUCUUUG